GUGAACAGCAUAUUUUAUUGAAUUUUUACUUAAGUUGAUUCUUUUGUUAAGACUGACACAAUGACGUUUGUCACUGACUCUGGCCUAAGCAAAUAUCCUGCCUGUUGAAUAAUAAAUAAAUUCUGAAUUUCGCUACUUUGCAGAUUGAUUGUUUGCCGAUUUUUCCAGUUGAUCAGUUAGUUGGAGUUUCGCUAUUUAUUUUUCUAAUAACGUUGCUCAUAGGAGAUUUAAUUGUCCUCGGGACUGACAGUUAAACGAACCCAACUGUAUACAGUUAUAUCAGAUAAAUAACGGGUCGUCUGUUUGCUGUAUUGUUUAGCGGGUUUUUAAAAUAUUGAGCAUGGUUUGGCAAAUGUCAAUGCUCUUUCGUACUUGAUACAGCAUGACCUCGCUACUUUGUUUUUGAAAAUUGAACUCUUGUUUCUUUUCUUUUCGGAUAUAUGACUUUAUUGGGACUUAAAUUACUGUACUGAGGAUGUUCUGUAAAAUGUGCUGCGGUCCAGAGGAGUUGGAACCCCCCAAGGUUGCCUUUUUUCCCAGUGAACGUCACUGGACGUGGAAGCCCUUACAACGUGCAUACAGACAACGCAGUUUAGAGCAGCAAAAACAGAAUAAAAUGGUGGAGUCAAAACGAAGUGAGACAAUAUUAAAGAAUUUAGCUCAAGAAUUGCUAACUGAUGAAGAAUGUCAACUUUUUAAGCAAGCUUUGCAUCAUUUUCGAGUCUCACAUUCAGUUCCAACAUUGUGCCAACAGCUUAAACAAGUGAUAAACACAACUUCAAAAAUUCUUUUGUUGGUGGAAUUAAGUAUGCGCAUGCCAUCAAAUCUCCAGGAAGAUUUCCAUAGGUUAUGUUCAUUACAAUUUCCAAAUUACGAUUCAUAUCUUAAAAUAUUCAGGAGUGGUAAUUCUAACGAAAUGCCACACAUAAUUGCUCAAGACUCCUCCGGAAAAAUCAGAAUUGUUUCAAGAGGAAGUGAAAAGAAGAUGAUGAUGAAAUACAAUAAUCAAAAACAGACAUAUGAGUUGCGCUCACUGCCAGGAACCAGCAUUACUAGCGGUGUUUACAGCAAUGGUAGUGAUAGUGAGGACGAUUUCGAUGAAAUUGAAGCAAUUAAAGACAGUCAGGGUACUGGCAGAGCAACACCUGUUCAUUUGAAAGGGAAGAAGAAUGUCCAUAAAGUGUUUCUGAACCGCCAUGAAGAUGGGAGUCUGGGUCUAGGUAUUACAGGCGGGAAGGAAUAUGGGACAGAACUGAUUAUAAAUGUUGUCGAGGAAGGCGGACCUGCAGCUUUGCAGGGCUUACAGGUGGGGGAUAAGAUAUUGGAGGUGAAUGGUCACAACUUCCACAACAUUACACAUGCUGAGGCUGUCAUGAUCAUGAGAAAUGCUUGGAACCUCAUUAUAUUGAUAGAGAGGCCCGACGAAAAUGAGGAAAAUACAGAUGCUGUUGACAGAACUACCAUUCGACAACAGAUAAAGGACCUUGAACUUGUUGUGUUUCCAUCCAACACUGGACGACUUGGCUGUGUAACACAAAGACUUCAAACAGAUGACUUGCUUGUAAAGAGUAUAGAAAUGAAUUCCUCUGCUGAAAAAGCUGGACUGAAAGUACAUGAUCUUAUAUACAAGGUUGAUGGUGUAAGUGUACGAGAGUUGUCCGAGAAACAGAUUGUAAUGCUUACCAAUGCAAAGAGAAUCAAUAUGAACGUCAAACGAUAUGUCGAAUUUGAAGGAGGAGAAGAGGUUGAUGGUCCUGGAGUAAAUUUUCACACACCAACGCCACAGAGACCAUUCAGGAGAUCGGAGUCAGAGCCUCGAUCAGAUGGAGGCCGCCAUAACUCCUCGGAGUCCCGUCAUUCCAGCCACUAUUCAGGAUAUCCCUAUGUGUCCAAAACUGAGAAACAGAGAUCGGUAAGCGCCUUUAACUCUCACUCCGCUCACCAAAUGGCUGGUCAUCCAGAGCAUUUAGUUUACGGUAAUCGACCAGCACAGGAAGCUAACUGGAUCAUUUCACCAAAGCCUCGCGAACACAGAUACACCCAGAGAAGAGGAAUGGUGGUAAGGGGUGUAACUCCGCAUUCAUUUCCAAUUCAUGGCCGUAGUCGCUCUGAAGAACGUUAUCGUUAUGAAGCACGUCCUAAAACUGUAGUAAGAGAAAUCAGUGUACCCAGUGGUAGUAAAUCAAGAUACAUUCGAAAUCGUUCACAUUCGCCGCAUAAAAACACGAUACAGCGCGUACAUCAUGAGGACAAUGUGAUAAGAGCUAUACAGAUGGGUCUCGAGAAACGACAACAUGCUGUAAGACGGUCUCUCUAUCAGAUGCCCGAUCCGGUUGACUACGAAUGGGAAAUUUAGCAGGAUAUAAAUAGACAUAACUUAUAAACUAAGUCAUAGGAAAUAUCUCUCCUUUUCUAAAAAGAAGUACUGCAAUGAUAUUGAUGGUUAAAAAUGAGAAGAAAACUUAAAUGCGAAAACGAGAAUGUGGUUGACACAAUGAUAUGGAAAAGUAAAUUAUGCUGACAUAUAUUUUAUGCUGACAUACAAGUGUAUCAUGAUAUGUACAAUAAUGUCAUACUGAUAUACUGUAAUGCUGAUAUUUUAGUGUGUAAUGCUGAUAUGUCAGCACAUUAGCAUGUUAUACUGAUAUUCGAGUAAAUUAAGCUAAUACUUUAGUUAUGUCCUGUUGGUAUUCUAGUAAUUUAUGCUGAUAUUCUAGUAUGUUAAGCAGAUAUUCUAGUAUGUUAUGCAAGUAUUCUAGCAUGCUAAGCUUGUAUUCUUGCAUGUUAUGCUGAUAUUCUAGUAUGUGGGGCAAGUAAUCUGGCAUGUUAUGCUGAUAUUCUAGUAUGUUAUUCUGACAAAUAUAUUAUGUCAUGUUAACAUAUAAAAAAGCUAUUUUUGGAUUAAAGACUAGAAUGUUAUGCCGACUAAAAUACUAAAUUUUAGAAAUCCUUUUACUAAUAUUUAUUCUGUUUCUACUUUUGUUAAUAAAUAAGAUUUAUUGCAAAAGAUUUUGGAUACGGUAGUUGUUGUUGUUGUUGGAAGGUAGUGUUAAAAUGAUGACUAAAGUAUAUUUAUUGCUAGAUUAUUAUUCAUUAUUCCAGUUUUUAGCUCACCUGUCACAUAGUGACAGGGUGAGCUUUUGUGAUCACCCUUCGUCCGUCGUCCGUCCGUCCAAAAUUUCUUGUGAACAAGAUAGAGACCACAUUUUGCAAGCAAUUUUGAUCAAACUUGUACAAAACAUGUAUUGGCAUGAUCUCUCAGUUCCUUUCAAAAACUGGCCAGAUCCCAUCAUGGGUUCUAGAGUUAUUGCCGUUUAAAGGGCCAGAAUUUGCUAUUUUUGUGCGUUAACAAUUUCUUGUCUGCACAAUAGAGGUUUCAUUUAUGAUUUUAUUUUAACCAAACUUGCACACAACUUGUAUCACCAUAAGAUCACGGUUCCUUUCUUGAACUGGCCAGAUCCCAUUAUGGGUUCCAGAGUUAUGGUAGCUAUUUUGACCUUGUCUGCACAAUAGCGGCUUCAUUUAUGGUUUUAUUUUAACCAAACUGGCACACAACUUGUAUCACCAUAAGAUCUCGGUUCCUUUCUUGAACUGGCGAGAUUCCAUUAUGGGUUCCAGAGUGAUGGCCCCUGAAAGGGCCAGAAUUAGCUAUUUUGACUUUGUCUGCACAAUAGCAGCUUCAUUUAUGAUUUGAAUUUAAUCAAACUUGCACUAUACUUGUGUCAUAAUAAGAUCUUGGUUCCUUUCUUGAACCGGCCAGGUCCCAUAAUGGGUUCCAGAGUUAUGGCCCCUGAAAGGGCCAAAAUUAGCUAUUUUGACCUUGUCUGCACAAUAGCAGCUUUAUUUAUGAUUUGAUUUUUUACUAAACUUGCACACAACUUGUAUCACCACAAGAUCUUGCUUCCUUUCUUCAGCUGGCCAGAUUCCAUCAUGGGUUCCAGAGUUAUGGCCCCUUAAAUGUCCAAAAUUUGCUAUUUUGGCUUUUGCAGCCGUAUAGAGACUUCAUUUAUAGUUUUUUUUUUAAUACAAACUUCCAAAAUAUCUUCAACAACAAUAAAUCGUAGGUUCCAGAGUUAUUUUAUAUAUGAUUACCUCCCCUGAUUGCAAUCAAAAUGGAUUUAUAUCAGUAAGUACUUAUAGGACUUAUUUGAAAUUUCAUUAUUGUUAUUAGUUGGACUGAGACAAUCAGGGUAGAUAACUAUGGACUGAUUUUAUGUCAAAUUAUCUCCCUUUAUUUCAAUUUAAAAUUGCUCUAUCUCCAUAACUAAUGAAGAUACUGAUCUGAAAUUUCAUUUAUGUCAACAGAUUUAUUUGGCAGAUCCUUCUUUUGUUCACUUACAGUAUGUAUUCUUUUUUUAAUUACUUCCUUUUUACAUUACUAUAAAUAGCUUAUUUUUAGUAACUUUUUUAUGAUUGGUCGUACGGAAAAACCCGAGACCACUUUUCUGUGGUACAACAUAGAUGGUUCUUCCCAAUUUUUAGGUGUAUUUUAACAUAUCUAUACCUUGUAAGAUUUUUUUUUUCUUUUUGGUUAAAUUUCUUCCCUUUGUUGUUCCUGUCCUUUGGACUUAGAUAUUUUUUCUUAGGACCUUCUUCUCCUCAUGUGCAAUGAUAACAGGUGAGCAAUAUAGGGCCAUCAUGGCCCUCUUGUUGUGAUUUUGUGACUAAUAGUGACACGACGUAUCUGUGACAUACAGAGAAAAUAAUUUGUGCAAAACAGACCUCAAAGGAUAACUUUGUCACAACAUAAAAGUACACCCGUUUCUGUCUGUGAAACACAUGAGGAUAUUUAGAAUACAGUAUUUUGAGAUGUUUUGGACAUGGUUUUUAACUGGCCAAAUUGACUUGCUCUAAAGCACGGCAAUUGCUAGUACAAAGAUAAGCGAGGAUAUUAUAUGAAUCUUUCACUGGUUGAAGUUGUGGAUGGAAAUAUCUGGAUUUGGGUAACUGUUCAGAUGGUAACGAGGCUCUGCCGAGUUACUGCAAAACAGUUACCCGAGAGCCAGAUAUUUCCUUCCGAACUUUGCCUGGAGAGGAAUUCUUUUUCUUGCAUGCCAUAUUAUACAAUUAACAGGAGAAAUAAAGUAACAUGAAUGAUUUUUCUUUUAAGCGCUAUAUUAUUAAAGUAGCUUAUGAAUUUAGACAUUUAUUAAUAAAUUACAGCAAAGGAGUAAUCUUGCACCCCUUGGUGUAAGACCAGUUUUUCAAAACACAGGAAGAUCCUGUCUGGCAUGCGUGAAAACAGUAUACAGUAAGGUAUACACUUAUACCUGAACUAUAUCAAACUAUUGUUAAAACACUCUUAUUACAAAAUUAUUCUAGUCUUUACUUUGGCCCAUCAAAUAUUUACUAAAAAUUAAAAAAGAUCUUUUUGCAGCAUGAAAAGUUGUGAAUAUUACACAAAUAAAAAAACGCUAUCCUGCUAUAGAGCUACAAUUGUACAAAAUAUGACUAUGCCAGAAAAGCUCAAAGAACGGUAAUAUUUGAGCUUGGCGCAGGUACCUCACUGUGUCGGUGUGAUGAAUGAAAGAUAAACACUUUUUCUUUUAUUAGGAAUUUUAUUAAGACAUAAAGGUUUGAAUUUGAGCAUGGACAGUGACAGGAUAGUCGUAAAUGACCUUUUAGCUCAAGAAAUAAUCUUCAGAAAAAAUAAAUAAUUUCUGUUUAUUGCGAAUGACUGUUUGUCCCAACACAAGUGCCAUAGUCAUUUCCAUCAGCUGUUAAAUAAUGUCGUUCUUGAUUUAAAUAUGGUUCUAAAAAUAGAUUAAGGUAGUGGAUGUCAAAAAAAUCCGUAAUUUCCGUCUAUUGCGUAUUCUUUAUGUGCAAUUUUGGGGGUUCUAGGCUGGUACAAAGAAAUGUACUCAUGAGCUAGCAUUAUUAGCAGAAGAAUAUCAAAAUAUUUUAAAAUAGCAUUGGAGAAAAAGUAAAUCGCUCGAAAAUUAUCGAUAUUGUUGUUGAUCCACUACCUUACUAGGGAACUGUUUUUGAAAAUCGUUUCAUUUGUGAUUGUUCAUACCAAGAGAUACUCAACCUUUUUGCAUAUUUUUAUACAAUUUAAAUAUUCAGAUGAUACUGUGUUCCUUUCAAAAUCAAAAGUUUACUCAGAACCUUACUCCUACAUCUUCAGUUUACAGCUUUUGAAUACUUUAUGGUCAUUUUUUGCACUGCCAGCUAUUUUGUCUGUACAAUCAUUUCAUGUUUCCAUUUCUCUUUUGAGAAAUAUGUCUGAACAUUAUACAUGUAAAAGUGAAAAUAAUGUAUUAUGCAUGUUUUAACAUGACUCAAUGGGUAGAUAAGGAAAAAAAUAAAACUUCCGUCUUGGAAUUUCUUAGCAGUGUUCUUUCAUAGUUGCUCAGAAAAAAUGUCUGUCUCAAUAUAAUUACAGUCAAACCUGUUCUUAAGACCACCUAGCUGUAAAAACUGUGUUAUCUUCUUAUUUUGUGGAUAUGAAAUCUUGUUGAUUUUACUGGUAGAAUUAGUUGGAAUUUUCUUUGUCCAUUGAGAUUUUUGUAGGUGAGGGUCAGGGGUGGAGGGUAAACUUAUGGAUUUCACAUUUUACUGAUAAAAUUAGUAGGAUUUUUCUUUCUCCACUGGGAUUUUUGUGGGUUAACUCAACAAAAGUAAAUCAUCCGAAAAUUAAUGAUUUCUUAGUAUUGUCACUUCAGAAGAAAAUCCAGCCGGUCCCACAAGUAAAGACCACAUUUAGUUGUCCCAGGUGCGGUCAUUGUUUACAGAUUUGACUGUAUUCAUAACAAAUCAUUUUGUAGCUUUUUCUUGUUUUUCAAAUUAAUUUAUAUCUUGUGUGUUUCCUGUAUCAUCUUCUAUUUUGUCUUUGUUUUGUUGUGUUAUUUUUAACAACCGUCGCAGUUUUUUUGUGUUUUUUUUUUUUUACAUAUGAAGACAUAGUCAGAUUGUAUGUUAUAAUGUUACAUACUGCCCUCACGUUUUAUGGAAAAAAUGAAAUAAAUCUUAGAAAUUAAACCAAAUUUCAAGAAAAUGAUUAAUAGAGCAAGCAUUUAUUUCUGGCAGAAAAGGUGAAAAUCAGUUCAAAAUUGUUAAUUGUAAUCUUUUAAAUUAUUUAUCCAACAUUAGAAAUUGUACUAAUUUUACUAAUACACUAGUACAUUGUACUGAUACUAUACGGUAUUCCUCCUUGAGGGAACAGACUGGUAACAACAGAGCAUUUAUAUUUUUAUUUUACAGAAUGAAUGUAAUAUAUAAUAGAGUUUUUCUCAUCUAUUUUAGUUAAAUAGUUAUCUGUAUCCUCUGGGUUGGUGGAUGGGGUGGGGAGCAUGCUCACAAAAUAUCUUUUGAUUUUAUCUAAGUUUGAGAUUAAAAUUUUGAUAGAUCUAGCCAAUUUCACUAGAAUUUCAUAAUAAAAUUCCAGUUGAGAUUGACCAUCAGUACAAAAGAAUCACUUGCAAAUAGUUAUUUAUAACUAAACAUUUAAUCUUAAACAAGUAAUUAAGAUAUAAAUGACAAAUAAAGUUUAAUUAUUCAACUCAUAUGAGGCUGAAAAUGUUUUGUGAACAUGAGGCCUGUACUUUGUUUGCAGAGGCAAGGAUUUGAGGGAAUAGAGAAAAUGAUUUAUCCGAAUUUGACUACUGGUAUGUGACAUUUUACGUGAUUGAUAGGUUCCAAAUGAACGUUGUAAUUUGGUUACAUUUUUGCCAAAUUUCAAGAAUAAAAUACACGUAAUGAGGAAAUCCUAAGGUUAUAUACUGUGAUAUAUACUAGAUUAGUUGUGCAGUUGAUGUAUUAUAUGUGUGGGUCGUCGUGUAAAAAAGAACAUGACGACGCAAGCAUGUACACAUUAAAUUUAAAGUAGAUUUAGAAUAGGUUUGUUCCAAACUAUUCUUAAGGUAAAACAUAAAUUUUCUUAGAAUCUAAAAAAGAACUAAGAAACAUAAUUAUAAUGAUUCAUCUUGAUGGCAAAAAAAGUCGUUAACUGCAUUGACAUAGAGAAGCACUUAUCCACUUUUUGCAUGGAGGCGUUUAUUAUAUUUUAUAGAUUUCAUCAGAAUUAAGUCAUCAUAACUAUUCCACAUAAUUUAAAUACCUUAAAUAAAAUCAUGUGUAUCAGUACAUUCAUAUAUAUCAGCUUUAAAUACUGUUCACGACCUGUUUUUCAUUAUAACUCAUACACUCUAAAUGCCAUAAUUAACACUAAUCUCUUCAAGAUGUCUUAGACGUCAGCUUUUGCUUACAUGAAGUUGUCUGGAUUUCUAUUUGGAAAAAAAAAAAUAGUUUUCAUAAUAUAGCAUUAAUCUUUAUCAUAUCUGGAUAUUGAUGGCUCUAUUUAUAUUUUCUAUACGUAAAUAUCAGCAAAAUAUUUCACAUACAAAAAUGCUGCGUUAUGCAACGACAAACUUGGGAUUUAAUGUUGUUAAAUCCAGGGCCAGAAUUCUUCAGUUUCAGUCAAUUGGAGAUAAAAUUGGUCACCUUCACAAACUUGUGUGUUGUAAAAAUAUAUAAUGGACUUGAUGGUUUAAGAAAGUCUAGACUUCUAAAAUCAUUAUCUUCAGACUUUUCAAAGUUGAAUAAGAUUUACACAAAAUGCAACUUAUUUAUAUAUCUUAGUGUUGAAAUAGGAACUUUUUUCAAGUAGUAUCUAUAUACGUUUCCCAACAUAUACUUUGUUUAUACACUUGUUGUAUAUGCCUUGGUUGGAAAUCUAAAUAAAAAUUUGUGAAAGAAUAUAA